CCCGGGGCAGCGGGGUGUCGGUGGGCUGCGCCGGCAGCGAGGGGCCGAGCCUGAGGCUGCGGGAGGCUGCCCCGCCCCCGCCGCGCUUUAAAAGCCCACCCGCCGCCCAGCCCCCGCCGCCAGCGCGGGGAGACGAGUCGUGAAAACAUCAAGAGGUGACAGUCAACAUCAGAUGGUGAAAGAGUAUAAAAAGGCAGUUUCACAUAGAAGUCUGUGAUAACUGUGAUUGAGAAACAGUUGCAUCGCUUGCCUUCUGAUUGUUUCUUGCAAUAAAACUGCUUUGUAGUGCAUGCCAUCUUCUGUUAAAUCCGCACAAAUACAGAGCGCUGAAGGAGUGCAAUAAACUCAACCUGUGCAGCUGUCGUCUUCAAGAAAGACAGAAGAGAGUUUGAAGCAUGGCAAGCCAGGCGUUUUCCCCAGAGGCUGCUUUCCCUCAUGGGAGGCGGAGGGAGAAAUGGGACCCCAGGCUUCUUUCAAGGGCAAGGACUUAAUGGCGAAAAAAAGAGAAUGUCUCCAGGCCUACAGCUGGUGGAGAACACCACAGAAGAAACGGAAGAAAAAGAACAAAAUAAAACCAGGAAGAAUAGAGUUUGUCCCUAGUAGUAGCUCAGCCAGACCAGAUUAUUCAAUAUUUGUUGGGGAGCUUACUCCAGAAGUGGAUGAUUUCCAGCUCUAUGACUAUUUCCUAAAGAGGUACCCCUCAUGUAUUGACUGCAAAAUAGCAACAGACCUGCUGGGAUAUUCCAGAGGGUAUGCCUUUGUCAGAUUUGGUGAGCAAGGUGAUCAGAUGAGGGCACUGCAAGACUGCCAGAAUGCACCAGGUCUGGGGGGAAAACGAAUCCGUCUGAGCAUAGGAAUUUCUAAAAGACUUAAAGCAGAAUUCCAGCGGUACCAGUCGUACAACUAUAAUGAUUAUUACCAAGAUUAUCAGAACUACUACUCACAGUGGGGUUAUGAUCCUUAUGCUGAGUACAACUACAGCUCCUAUGCUCCCUAUGACAGCAUGCAAGCUGUUGGAGACUGCUCUUUAGGAGAUGCUGUUAUGGCUCCAGCUGUUUUUGAGGAAACUGCAGCUAUGACUGAAAUCAAUGAUGACCUAAUAACUGAAGAUCCACAGCUUUACUUGGAUGUUGAUGAAAUGAACAGACAAUUUAUGGAGACAAGUGAAGAACUCUAUGAUUCCCUCAUGAAUUGUCACUGGCAACCUCUGGAUACGGUCACUUCUGACAUCCCCCCUGCUAUUUAAGUGUCUUAUAUAGCAUGACCGUUAUGACCAAGGUGCUAAAACUACAUUUCUUCUACAUUACUCUAGAUCAUAAGUUUUAAAGCACAAUGAUAGGUUGGAUUUUUUUGCUAUGCUUUUGACAGUUUCUGUAAUCUUUUUUUUUUGAUCAUCACUCUACUCUUGGAGCAUCUUGAAAUCAUGUAAAUAUUCUAGAAAUGUAAAGAGUUCAAUGGGGUCUAAAGAUAGACUUGCCUGUGUAAAUAAAACUUUGUUUCUGCAAACCUGCCAGCAAGGGAUUUUACUUACAUAUGUGAAGCACGUUCUCUUCUGGCUUGUGGAAUUCAGCUGAGGCAGUAGGGGUAUUUCAUCUGUCUUUGGUAUGGGCAUCAGGAGAGUAGCAAAAACUAGCUCUCGUGGAUUUCCAAGUUACCUAGGUAAUCUUUUGCUCUCUUGGUAUGCUUGCUUAGAUUAUCUGUGUACUUGGGAGAGACUCAUGGGGUUUGUUAUAGGAAUGCUUGGGCCCACUCUUUCUCCUGCAGUCAUCUGGUGCUAACUGUACUACUGUUGAUCUGCUAGGUCAGCUAGAAUUGCUUUAUCAGUACGUUAUUUUAAACACUUUCAGCUGCCAUAGCUGCAAGCAUUCCAAAGAUUAAGGUUGAUCCCUACUGACAAUUUUAUUCCUGCCCUUCUUACUGUUAGUCUUCUCAACAGACACUUUACAGCAAAGAAACCGGUGUAACAUAAUACAUGUUCUUAAACCUUAAAAACUCUUGUAAAAAUAAAUUUCUGGCUCAAAGGAGGAAAAAUAACUCAUCAGGAACAAAAAAAAACUAUCUUAGUAACAACUCUUCAACUAAGUUACGUCUCUAAUUUGUUCACUCUUUGUGUUCAGGUGUUUUAUGAUGAUGUUAUAAAAUUUCAGUAGGAUGACAGUUUUCAGUAUUAAAGGAGCUAGGGGAGAUGGCAGUGUGGGAAGUUCUGCUUUAAGCUAGCAACUUCUGAGUGACUUCUUCUAAACUGUUCUCAUCUUGAAAGGGCGAUAGCAUUUUUUCAGUCAUAGGAACUACCUAAGCCCAUGUGUAUGAAAAAGUAUUUACUACUUCAUGUACAUAAUGAUAAAAUAAGUGAGGCUGGAAACGGAAAAAUACUCUUCCAAGGAAAAUAGCAGGAUUUAUCAUAGCUAAUAGCUGUGGAAGCUACUAAAGCUGGUCAAAACACUUUGGUACUGCCAUGUGUGUUCUGGGGCCAAUCUGAACCAUAAUUGCUAUGAUGGCAGAUAGGAAUAAAGUUCUCUGGCUCUUUUAUGACUUAAUGUAAUUAAAGUGGUGAUCAUAACCUAUAUGCUAUUCUUAAAUUUAAAACAAAUACUGUAUUGCAGAGUGAUGACUCGGCACCAGCAGGUCACUUCUGGCUGCUGACCAGAAUCUCCCUCUUUUCUCUUCGCAGUGUAGUUUCAGAUAGGAAUAUUUUCAAAGUUCCACCCAUGAAAUGCAGAUGCUCUAAAAAAGAAAAAGCUUUUGGAGUACUAUAGGAAGUUCAUUCUUCCUGGAUUUUGUGCAGAUGUACAUGUAGGAAGAGAUAGAAAACAACCCCCUCAUCUAGGUGGGGGGAGUAGCAUCAUAGUUUUAGCAACUGUUCCCCUGCUUUGGGGAGAGCUAGUUGCAGGGCAGGUAGAAACAUGGAUUUCUUGGGUGAAUGUUUCCCUUGUGUGAACUGGUGGGUCUUUGGAGGGUGAUGAUAGGGAGAUUAUUAAUGUGAAUGUGACAGACAGUGGAAUAAAUGAAGCAAAUAGAAUCUGGGUGGGAAAGGGGGUACCUGUGUGUAUGUAUGUAAUUCUUUCAGGGGACUGCAAUAGGGAGAAAAAUCAAGAUACUAGAUGCAGGCCCCUUGAAUUUGGAUGGGAGUGUUAAUGCUUUGGAACUGUAUGGGAUUUGAUGCCACUUCAGUUGUAGUGCAUAGCUCUGGUGCUUGGUAGUACAAACUGGUCUGCUGAGCAAAGGGUUUUGUAUCUAGCAAGUACCAUCACUGCAAGCAGCAAGACAGCUUCCAGGUCUGUGCCUGGGUUAUAUCCUGCUCUGAAGUGGCUUGCAUAGCAUCACCUAACACUGUACUUAAGUUGCAGCAAGGAAUUUGUGGAAACCUUUUGCUGUGUUAUCAGUUAAAAAUGUUAUGCUAAGGAUGGGCGUUGGCUCAGCAGAAAUACUGUGGACUAUCUGCUGAUUUUUGGCAUUCAGGAGGUUGAUCAAUGUGUGAAGUGUGUAAUGAGGGGCCCAUGUAGCUGUGUUUUCACUUAGUCUGACACUAUUAUCACCACAGUACAUAAACCUCAAAAAAGCCACAGUCUGUAGCCACCCCAUUUAUGCAGAUUUUACCUAUUAACAAGGUCUUUGCAUUGGAGGCUGUGUUCCCAACAGGCAUGCACCUUCUGUUUUGGGCUUUAAAGUGCCUAUGUAUAGGGAAAACACUGUUUAUGUAAUGCAAUGGAAGAGGUUGUUUGGGCCAUUAGUUCUCCAAACCUGAGAAACAUUGGGGGUGUAUUUUCUUCCAGUCAAUACACAAGAAAAACAGAGGGAAGAGAGUGUGUUGAUUGCGGCCCAUGUGACACUUCUAAAAUAGCUCUCUGACCUCUUUUUUCUGUCUCCUGAGCCUUACUAGCCAAUUCCUCUUCCCAGUUAGGAGGGCAUAUGUGCGAUCAAGGUGAUGUGCACGUUCUUUACUGUGAAGGGAUACCGACUGCAGGAUUUCUUCCUAUCGGUGUGUUCCCCGUGAAUGCCAAAUACAGGAGAAAGUGCGUGCAUCAGAACUGUUAGAAUGCAUUGCUGAGGCUUUUUACUGAGUACUUAACAGUCGUUCUACAACUAUCAGCCUGCAUUAGCUAGCUUAUGCAAAGACCUGAACGCAUCAUGCAGGUGCCUGCUGUCAGUUCUACAAAGGUCCGAUUGCAGUGGGAGCAUUUAAAAAAAAAAAAAAGUCUUAGAAGCAACUUUUUCAACAAAAUGAUAUUUCACUUUUUCCAGUUGUUUUGUCUCUGUUUUACCCAGCUGAAAUGUAGUUGGUUUUUGGUUUUGUUUUUUUUUUUUAAGCUUGAUGAAGGUUUUUUUGCAAGAAUAUCUAGUAUUGGUUUUAGAAACUCUUCAUUGUGCCUAGCUGCAAUAGAUAGUGCCUUUACUCAAAACCUGAUAAUUUCUUCAAGAGUAGUAGUGGUUUUGUUUUCUAUCACCUCUCUAAACAGAAAGGCUUUAGUAGGGUGGUAUGAGGUGCUACUAAUCCUGCAGUCAGUGAACAGGGAGAAAGAAACAGGCCAAAAAGGGUAGGGAGUACUUAAAAGGGUACAAAAAGGUUAAAUAGUACUUAAGCCAUGAAUGUUUCUUUUUGCAGGGAUGCUCUUGGACCAACAGCUUCUUUCUAGCGCUACCUCAAAGUAACUUGCAGAUAUAACUCACAGGGAAGAUUGAUCAAAUGGUGAUGAUCCCUAUCAUUCUGCUGGAUAUAUAUAUAUUUGCCUUUUGUUUUGUCUCAUUCUAAAUAACAUUUAUUUAACUUCAGUGACUCAUGUCAGUAGAUGUUGUUUGACUACAUCGACAAGUAUUUCUGAGUCAUGAGUGUCAUUAAAGGCAUGUCACCAUAUGGAAAUUGUUCUAAAUAAGUAAAAUGGAAGUAAAAUAAGUAAAUAAAGCAGCACUUGAAUUUACAGAGCAAA